UAUAUUAUUUUUGAACGCAACGUGUUUAUAAUGGAAUGAGAAGUAAAAAAUUUAAGAUAUUCCUUUUGCCUUAAUUGUACACUACUAUAUUUGAAAGGGGAUUAAUCUAAGCACAAUGCUUUCCUACUCAAAUAAAAUAAUAUUGGCUCCUAUGGUUCGUGUUGGAACUUUACCAAUGCGUCUGCUUGCUUUGGAUUUCGGGGCAGAUAUAGUUUAUACAGAGGAAAUAAUCGACUUCAGACUGUUGAAAUGCAAAAGGAUAGAAAAUAGAAUUUUAAAUACAGUGGAUUUUAUAGAUGACGAUCAAAAUGUAGUUUUUAGAACUUGUGACAAAGAAAAGCCCAAGUUAGUUCUGCAGUUGGGUACUUCAUCACCUGAAAGAGCUUUGAAGGCUUUUAAAAUGGUAGAAAAUGAUAUAUCGGGUAUUGAUAUCAAUAUGGGUUGCCCGAAAGAGUUUUCUAUAAAGGGUGGCAUGGGGGCUGCAUUGCUCACUCAACCAGAAAAAGUAAAAGCUAUUCUUACAACUUUGACAGAUUAUGCUUCCUGCCCUGUUACUUGCAAAAUUCGAGUUUUACCAGAUCUAGAUGAAACACUGCAAUUAGUGAAACUCAUUCAGAAUACAGGGGUUGCUGCAAUUGCUGUGCAUGGCAGGAUUAUUAGUGAAAGACCUCAACAUAAAAAUAGAAAUCACACAAUCAAAUGCAUUUCCGAAGCUUUAUCAGUGCCUAUAAUUGCAAAUGGCGGAUCUGGAGAAAUUGAAAAUUUUGAAGAUAUUGAAAGCUUUAGAAAAAUUACUGGCUCAUCCUCAGUAAUGAUUGCGCGCCAAGCAGAAUGGAACUGUUCAAUAUUUCGUAAGGACGGGAAAUUGCCUCUUGACACAGUUAUUGAAGAGUAUAUAAGAUAUGCUGUUGAAUAUGACAACAAUGUUUGGAAUACAAAAUAUUGUAUCCAACAAAUGUUAGGAUCUCUCCAAGAAUCUGAAAGAGGAAAAAUUUUAUUAAGUGCCCAGCAGAUGGAUGUCAUAUGUGAACUUUGGAAUUUGAAAGAAUUUUUGGAUUUAAAAAGAAAUGAAAGGAGUUUCAAAGCAGAACAGUUGAAACGGUUACAAGAACGUGAUUUUCAACUACAAGCUGCACUGAAGCGCAGGAAAGUUAAUCAAGAUGGCAUCCAUGAAAUGGAUGUUAAAUUUCAAAGAUCGAAUUUUACCAUGGAUGGUCUGCCAAAAACAGUAUUAUGGAAUUGGGCAAAAAAUCAAAAAUUAAAACAACCAGUUUAUAAAACAGAUCAAUAUGAGAAGAGCUUUCAGUCCAUUAUAACAAUUAAUGGAGAGAAAUAUACUAAUCGUUGCUUGGAGAAAAACAAAAAGAAUGCAGAACAAGCUGCUGCUUUAGUUGCUGCCAUUUCAUUAGGUCUUAUUCAAUCUUGUGCUGAGAAGCAUUCAUCGUUGUUGGAUUCGAAUGUUUCCGUUAAUGACGAAAAUUAUCUUUCUUCCAAUGAAUUCUCUGCAAAAGAUGACAAACUUAACCUUCAGAGUGAAUCAAUAUUGAGAUGACAAUAGGACUUUUGUUUUUUAAUUAUUUUUGUGUAAAUACUCAAAGCUAUUUAAUAAACUACUGUUGCUCAUUUUCAU